AUGGAUAGUAAGCGUUCCACAGGGCCCGGAAUUAAUGUUGUUCAGGUGAACCAAGCGCGAGAGGCUUUUGCCCAAACGGUGAGGGCCAGGAACCCUCAGAGUCGUCCCCAGCCUAAUUCGGACACCAAUGCUACUUCAGCGAUAGCUUCGGAGACUAUAAGGGCUAUGGGGUCACCAGGAUCGGCCAAGCCACGCCACAAGUGUAACAAUCCAAAAAAUCCUAGCUGUGCUCACUGCUCAGCGGUGAUAAUUCCAGCACCCAUUGCAUCUUUACCAGCAGAAGACACACCAUCGAUAUCCGUGGAAGACUGGGUAAUCACUACGCGGAAAAAGCCAAUACUCAACUCGCAGGAACUGGAGCAGUGGGAACAAAUUCUUGGUCCGCUAGCACUACCAGAAAUGAUUUUUGGAAAUAGCUUUGUGAGGAUCGAAAAUGCAAAACACAACUGGAGUAUAGAGUUCAACGCGCUGGAUGCCCUGAAAGCCGUCAAAAUUGAAGACUCUGGGAUUCGCGUCUCUUACGCACACAAGUGGAUCGACUCCAAGAAAAAACAACAAAAAAACUCAGAAUUAGACGAUCGUUCUUUGCAAAUAGGCCAACAUUACGACUGGACCUACACGACAUGCUACAAGGGAACCGUGAACGCUCAAAAUACACAACAUGUGCCCACUUCGAAUGAUGCAGAGGUUUUACCGCUCGAUAAGCUGGCGCGGCCCGAUCCCAUUCUGUUUUACGACGAAAUGAUAUUGUUUGAAGACGAGCUAGCAGAUAAUGGCAUCAGCGUGGUGAGCGUCAAGGUGCGUGUCAUGAGUGAACGAGCCCUUAUUCUCAGCAGGUUUUUCCUCAGGGUAGACGGGGUUCUGUUUAGAGUCUACGACACACGAGUAUACGUGGAAUUUGACGAAAAUAAGGUGGUGAGAGAGUACAAGGAACACGAGGGCGACUACAAAGCCGUGCUCAAUAGACAUAAGGCGGGACAAUCGCGGGAUCCGAAAGCGAUUUUGAGGGACAGCAAUUGGGUGGUCCAGCAACUAUCACUUGUAAAACGAGAAUGCGAGGUUUUACAAUUAUAA